ACCAAUUCUCUGUUUUUUACCAUUCCAAAUUUCCACAUACAUACUCUUCAUUUUCAAAGAAACAUCACUUCCCACCACUCAGCUUUUCCGUUCUGCUCACAUUCUUUGACUUCAUAAGCCUUUCUUCGUGGUCCAAGCACAACCACAUCUUCUACCCAUUUUUAGUUUCACUCUGAGUUGCAUGAGCUUCUAUCUCAUACCUCUCUCAACUUCCCUCCUUUUCGUUUUCUAUAUUCUCAUGAUUUGAAUCCUCUUGUGUUUCAAACUUUCUUGGCCUUUUCUUUUGCAGCAAAGGCAAUUUUAUUCAACAACUGAAUUCUGUACAGAAGAUGGGGUGUUUCACUGUUCUGAAAUACAAGAAGGAAAAGAUCAAUAAAAUCCGAUACACAAAAUGUGUGAGCCAUAUUGAACAUGUUCCUACAGUACUUCCUGAACCUCAAAUUCAUACUCGUUCCCUGCAUUCUGCACCUUCUAGUUUUAGGAAUAGAGUGAAAUCCACUCACCCCAUUAAUAAAGUUACCAAUCCCAGAACACGGACAUUAUCUGCUCCAUCAGCUCUUGAUGUGGCCACACAAAACACUCUUACCACAGUCGAGUUCGAGGAUCAAGAGGAAUCAAGAUACAAUGUUGGAUCACUGAAGGGGCAGCAUUCAUCUAAUCCACUACCUUUACCACUUCCUUCACACCAGGGUGGUGGUGAAUUGAAAGCUACUGGAAGCUUUAAGUCAGGAAUAGGUAGUGGUUCUGUGUAUGGUCCUGAUGUUGCAGAACAGGAUGCUUUGGCCUCGGUUGAGUAUGAGGAACAAGAAGAGUCAAAACACCGAGUUGGAUUGGUGAAGGAUCAUUGUUCAACUAAUUCACAACCUUUGCCUCUUCCAUCUCGUCAAGGUGGUGGUGCUGCAUUGAAGGCUAAGAUCAGCACUAAGUUGGGAAUGGCUACUGCUCCUGUAUAUGUCUGCGGACCUUUGCCUCUUCCACCUACCGGGUUGCUUAGAAACUUACCGUUUGAGGAGAUUUCUGCUGCUUGUCACAACUUCUCUUCAGAUCGAUGCAUGUCUGAAUGUCUUUCUUCUACCAUAUAUAGCGCUUCAUUUGGUGAUGAUGCUUCAAGUGCAAAGAAGUUUGAAGCCACUGUCACUCGCCUUCAUUCAUCAACACAGGGAUUGAAGGAAUUCAUAAAUGAUGUCAAUACCCUUGCAUCUUUGCAACAUCCAAACCUCUGUAAAUUGCUAGGAUUUCAUGCCCGUGAUGGUUCUGAACCAAGGAUGUUGGUUUAUGAGAGGCUAUACCAUGGAAGCUUGGACCAACAGUUGUUUGGAAGAUCUGAUGGCCAUUCAAUUGAUUGGAACUCACGAAUGAAAGUUGCCAUAUGCGCUGCACAAGGUCUUACUUUCUUGCAUGAAGAAGGGCCUUUCCAGGCAAUGUAUAAUGAAUUUUCGGCAGCCAACAUACAGAUUGACAAAGAUUUCAGUGCAAAACUUUCUGGGUAUGGUUGUGUGGGACGAAUUCCUGAGGAAGAGAUUUCCAGCAGUACAUGUGCUGUUGGAAACCUGUCUGUGGAGACACUGGAAAGAGGAAUUCUUACUCCAAAGAGCUAUGUUUGGGGUUUUGGAAUUAUUCUUUUGGAGCUACUUACUGGCAGAAAGAAUGUGGAUAGUCAUCACCCCAAGGAAGAGAGGAACUUGGUGAAGUGGAGCCGGCCUUUCCUGGCCGAUGAUUUUCGACUGUCGUUGAUUAUGGAUCCUCAACUUAAAGGUCGAUAUCCUCCCAAGGCAGCAAGAGCAGUAGCUGACAUUGCACAAAGAUGCCUCCAAAAGGAGCCAUCAGAAAGACCCCCCAUGAGAACCAUUGUUGAGCAUCUCAAAGUGGUUCAAGAUAUGAAGUACUCAUGUUGGUUCCCACUGCAAGAGCCAGCAAAACAAAUGUCAAGAUCACCGAGUCUUAAUGGUGUCAAAUGUCUUACUCCGACACUGAGUUUCUCUCCCUCAACAGCACCAGUUACCAGACCAUCUGUUUCAUCUCCAAGAUGGUGUGCUGUGCCCACACUGCAUCUUCCUCUUGGCGCUUGUUCCUCCACUUUCUCCAUGGACGACCAUGUUAGGCCGGAAAGCCGGAAGUCAAUCCUCAAUGUGUAGGAGAGCUGAUGUUGAAGGAUAUUGACUGUCUAUAAUGCUCAUUUUUAUUAUAUUUUGUUUGUUGCUUUGAUCAGUUUUAGGGUGAUUCAACACAAUUGUAUAGGAGAUUAAGGUACGGUUCUUCCAUAUUUCUAUUUCUUUCCAUGAGAAGAUGUUCUUUUGUAGAUAGUGCAAAGGUUGCUUAUACUGGGGAUCUUGAUAUGAAAAUUUGCAUUGUCUCU